CUGGCAUUCAUUCAAAUAGUGAUAAGGGUACCAACACAUAUAAUAUAAGAUGCAGAGCAUUGUGCUGAUCUGUAUCCUGCUUCUGAUACACAGAGGUGCUGGUAGAAAAAAGCAGAAAUCUGCCCAUUUGGCUGAUUCAAAUCAACAUGUCACAAAGGAUGCUUUCAAAUUAACACAUAAAGAAGUGCAGGCAUUAAAGUACAUCCCUGAUGGGAAAUUCAACUCUAAAGAUUGCUUGGAGGUCUUAACAAGUAUUGACAAUAACUUCAUGGAUAAGGGAUGGUAUAUCAUUGCACCACGUAUGAACAAUACCAAAAGGAAAAUCAAAGUUUAUUGUGACCAACCAGACCUAGAUGGCAACUUUGGAGGUUGGACAGUAAUUCAAAGAAAUGAUGGAACAAAAUCAAUGAAUCACAACUGGAAAAAGUACAAAACUGGUUUCAAAGAUGGUGAAAGCUUCUGGUUAGGAAACGACAACAUAUAUGACAUAUUUGAAAACCAAACAACACCAAUGAUGAUGAUGAUUGAGGGAUGGUCCAAGAUGUACGGCAAUAACAAUCAUCGAAGUGCAAUUUAUAAUGGUGUUACUAUCAAGAAUGAAGCUAACAAAUAUGAACUUUGUGCAAAUAGCAUCACUGGCUUUGAUCCUUUGGGCCUGAGUAAAUUUGAUCCCCCAUGUGUAAGAUUCAGUACUAAUGAUGAAGAUAACGACAAUGCUGUGAAUGCAAACUGUGCUGAAAUGUUUGGAGGAGGGAUGUGGUACACAAACUGUACAGAUUUGAAUGUAAAUGGUCAUAAUGGAGUAACUGAUACAAAGACGAGAAAACGGAAGACUCGAAAUAAUGACUAUUCUUUCACCAAAGGUAUCUGGUGGUACAGCUGGAAAAGGCAAAUGAUGUUGACACUUGUGAAGGUGGAAAUAAAGGUGCGUCCCAUACAAAAGAGCUGCACAGCAGUAAGACAAGCACUGAAGAUACCACGCAAUACAAAACAUGAAGGUGUUUAUAACAUUCAACUUGACCCAAAGUUUCCUGCUGUAAAGAUGCGCUGUUAUUUUGAUGCUGAAGGAGAUUGGACAGUUAUUCAAACUCGCACUGAUGGAUCAUUAGACUUUGAUCGACCAUGGAGAGACUACUCAAAAGGCUUUGGAGAUCUGGAUGGAGAAUUCUGGUGGGGACUGGAAAAUAUCUGGGCCAACAUGGAUGUAGCUGUAUUGAGAAUUGAGAUUUGGAACAAGACAGGAGGCUAUGAAUUCAUCAACUUCAGAAAUUUUCAAAUUCGCCUGUAUCGCUUUUACAGAAAAAAGACAAGCAAGCAUGACUUUUUGCGGAUAACGCCUUUCCACAUGAGAGAGAAAGAGUUGAGAACAUACGAUAAUCAUCUUUACGAUUCACCUAGUAUUAGAAUUGGCGAAAAAAUCAAAGGCAAUGCAAGUGAAUGUUAUGGUUUUCAUCCUUCCCAGGAAUAUGAAGAGAUGCAGUUUUCAACAAAUGAUCGUGGUACAUAUUCAGACAAGGCAAAGGUUUGCAAAGGUGGUUGGUGGUAUGAGAAACGCAAACCUUCUUUUGAUAACUGUAACUGUGUACUCAAUGGAAUUAGCAUCAUGAAUGAUGCGAAGUCUGAAUCAGAGAGUUCAACUGGCCCCUCAAAGCAACAUACUAAAUACAGAACACGGAUGAUGUUGAAAGUGAAGGUGUGAAAGAAAAAUAGGGUCCUAAAAUGAAAUAACAAUAUUUGAUGGAACUAAUAAGUAUAUCUAAGUUUCAGGUUUGGGAUCAAAAAGGAAGCACUCAGUUCAGGACUACAAACACUUCAAUGUUUUACUACUAAAGAGACAUGUACCUCAACAGAAACAUCAUUAUUUCAACACAACUCAUUUCCAUGUUACGUAGAAAGAAAUAAUCGGGCGAUGAUCUGAUGAAUCUGUCAGGGAUAGACCAAUUUGCCUGCGAAGAAAAGUGAUGGUAUCGCAAUAGAAUGUUACAGACUUUUCAGUGGCCAAUUUAAAUCAUUUUAAGAAAAAAACAAAAACCGAGGAGUUAAUUUUACCAUCAAUAUCAAAGGACAAAUUUGAUGAAAUUAUU